AUGGAUUCGGUCCUUCAUACAUUUUCUGCACUCUCGAUCGCUCCUGUGGCACAGAUCGCGCACGCCGAGACGUCAUCUCCGGCGACGUGGCGACAGGCUCUCGAUGAAAAUGCCUCCGUGUCCACGAAAUCGUUCGAACUCGUCAAGACCUUGGUCUUCAAGCCAAAGACCGCGAAGACUGCGACUCCCGUACCCGUCGUGCUCAUCGCCCGCGAUGAAACGGACACAAAUGCCGGGACCCUGGGGAAACACCUCAAUCUGAAGGAGAUGCGACUGGCGUCCGAAGAUCUACUGACCGAAUUUUUUGCUCUUGAUAAAAUUCGCGUGCGUAUUCUUUUCUCCCUUCGCUCUCAACUCCACGACCUUUCCCAAGGUCGUGACUGUUGUGGAUUCGACUAUCGCAACCUCGACCUCGACCUUUGCAGUGCAUGCGUUAUCUUCGAGCUCGACUGUCUUUGUCUCCGGGAAGGACAUCGUUUCGUAUCUGAGAGUCUUGAAACCGACGCGGCCAAGGUCAUCGAAGUCAAUUUUGCUGAUCUCAGCAGCGCUUCCACUGCUGGGGCAGCUCAGACCACUUCAGCCCCCAAGCCAGUGAAAGAUGAUGGAAAGAUCGAAGGAGCAGUCCAGAUUGCCAUCGGAGUCAAGAAGGAGGUUGACUUUGCUGGCUGGUACACGAACGUCCUCAUCAAAGCAGAUAUGCUGGACUAUUACAGCGUCAGUGGGUGCUAUAUCCUCAAACCCUGGUCGUACAGCAUUUGGGAGGAAUCACACAAAGUUCUUGAACGAGAGAAGGAUCAUAUCGAGGGCUUUUCUCCGGAGGUGGCCUGGGUUACUAGAGCUGGAAGCUCCGAUCUCGAGGAACCGAUUGCUAUUCGUCCCACGUCUGAGACGGCGAUGUAUCCGUGUACGCCUCCUGAUGCGAUUGUCACUUUCCCGUCUAGACUCCAUGCAGACUAUGCUAAAUGGAUCAAGAGUCAUCGUGACCUGCCAUUGAAGCUCAACCAGUGGAACAGCGUCGUGCGAUGGGAGUUCAAGAACCCUCAGCCGUUUCUGCGGACCCGAGAAUUCCUGUGGCAGGAGGGACACACAGCCUUCUUGACUAAACCUGAAGCUGAUACCGAGGUCCGACAAAUCUUGGACCUCUACCGACGCGUGUUUGAGGAUCUUCUUGCCGUUCCUGUCAUCCCGGGCGUCAAGUCUGAAAAGGAGAAGUUUGCUGGUGGCCUGUACACAACGACAGUUGAGGGCUUCAUCCCACCUCAGGACGAGGAAUUCAGGGUGCCACGUCACAUUGUCUCGGACAGAACUUUUCUCGCCGGAGAUGUUCAACAUCUUUGUCGAGGACCCGAACGACCCAACGGGACAGGGCAAAACUAUGUUUGGCAAACG